UGAAGGGAUGACACAUUUCUGCAUGCUUGUUAAUGGGACUAUUCAUUUGGAGCUUAACUCGGGCUUGGCUCAGUCCAUCCUCCCUUGUCUCACACUCAGACUCGGAUCUCCCAGGAAUGAAAUGGAUUCCCUGACUUUCACCUGUACAGCACGGCAGGAGCUCGUCUGACGAGUGAACCCUCGUUCAGAGAGCAGCAGGGGCCUCCUGCUGAGCAUCAGUCUCUCUGUGUCUCUGUGUGACUUCAGGAUCCUUCAUUACAGCAUGUUCGGACUAAAGGCUCCGCUCUACUAUCUGUCUGGCAUGAGCCAUGAGCCAAAGUCGCCAUCGUUAGGAAUGAUCUCCACGGCAACACGCACCACGGCGACCGUCAGCCCUCUCACCCCCUCCCCCAUCAGCGGCACGGUCCUAGCCAAUGGGAACACUGCUUCCCAGUCCGCUCACUCCGGAUUUGCCGCGGCUCUCCGCAAACUGGCCAAGCAGGCGGAGGAACCCAGAGGCCCGAUCAGCAGCGAAUCAUCUCCCGUUUCCUCUCCAGCCACCAAUCACAGCUCUCCGGUGGGCACGCCCAAGCGGGUCCCGUUAGUGUCAGGGCCCGGUCUUGGGGCUCCUUCUGCCUCGCACGGUGUGUCCAGUACACCGCCUGUGGUCACCAUCGCUCCUACCAAAACAGUCAAUGGCAUGUGGAGGAGUGAAGGGAGACAGGCUGAGGCUGCAUUGAGAGGCUCUGCUCGAGAACGGCUGCCCUCAGACCCUCCUCCUCCUCCACCUCCUCCUCUUCCUCCGUCGACUCAGGAGAAGAGUGUCUCCUCUCUUCCCCCUCACAUCAUGGGAGCACCUUAUCCUUUUGGCCUGAACCCCAGUGCAGUAAUGCAGGAUCCUCGUCUACAAGCCCUUAAUUUAUCACGUCAGAUGCCUCAUGUUCUGCAGUCGGGGGCUGUACCAGUUGGUGCAGUGCCCUUGGGGGCGGUGCCAGAGGAAUACCUGCGCAGUGGGUUCCGCCCCUAUGGUUCUGCUGAAGACUUGAGACUAUCUUCACUCCCGUUAGGGCUGGACCCUGCAUACUUUCGCUCAGGAUAUCUGGCCUACCCUGCCCUAUCAUCAUACAGAAUGGAUGAGUCCCUCUGUUUAUCUGCCCUCCGCUCACCCUACUACCAGCUGCCAGCGGGGGGAGCCGUGCCCUCCCUGCAUCCCAGCACUGCUCACCUCCACCUGCCAGGGGUGCGCUACCCUGCAGAGCUCAGCCAUCAGUCUCUGACAGCCCUGCAGAGCGAGAGGCUGCAGAUGGAGGACAAGCUUCGCCAGCACGAGAGAGAGCGGGAGCGAGAGAAGGAGAGAGCUCACGAGGCAGAGAGAGAGAAGGAGCGAGAGCGUGAGAGAGAGCGAGAGCGGGAACGAGAGCGUGUGCGGGAAAGGGAAAGGGAAAGGGAGGAGGAAAGAGAAAGAGAGAGAGAACUGGAGCGACAGAAAGAGAGGGCAAAAGAAAGGGAAGUUCAGGCAGUCCGGGCCAUGGAGAAGCAUGUCCUGAGCCAGGAGCUCCAUACACACUCUCACACACUCUCUCACAGGCAGCAGAUAGAAGACAGAGCCAAGCUUACACCAAACCGAGCAGAGAAAACCAAAGAGGCCACACUCCUGGCCCCAAAGCCUCUGCAGCCUGGCUUGUAUCCCUCCCCCAGUGGCCCCGCUCCACUCCCAGUGCCCAGCCUUGUGCCCACCCCUGGAGAGAGGUUAGGGCCAAGUGCUCUGCUGCUCCAGCGCCAGGGAGAGGAGGAGAGAUGGCUGGCACGCCAGAGAAGGCUGAGAGUGGACACAGUAGACAGGCAGGGCCUGGCGUCUGAGUGUUCACAUCACAGCACAGAGCCAGAGACACAUGAACCUCACACAGAUUCACAGAGGCCUCACUCACGCCACCAGGACUUGAACAACAGAGAGCUACCUCACCACCUGGGAGCACCACCUCCUCUCAUCUCCCCCAAACCCACCCCUCCUAACCCUCCCACCACUCUCUGGAAUCCCGUGUCCCUCAUCAACUCUCCCUCACACACGCGCCGGGCAUAUGAGCCUCCCUUCCCCCCAAGCCGUCCACCUCCAGGAUUGACUAAACCCGAGUGCACAGAUAGGAGCCUUCCUCCGAGGACAUCUGGCCUCGUCGAGCCCGGCACCUUCCAUACAGAGCAGGAGAAGUUGAGCCAGAGCAUUCUGAACAAGCAGAGGCUCUCUUUUCCCCUGACUGCUCCCUUUGGAGAGCUGAGAGGAACCAAAAGAGCAGGAUCCCCUAUCAGAGUCUUCCCUCAGUGUCCCGCACGAGAACCAACACUGGUGUAUGAUCACGCACUGCAGCAACACAGAACUCUUCUGAGCAAACUUGACCUGGAGGAGAAGAGACGAAAGGAAGCCAGAGAAAAGGGUUAUUACUACGAGCUGGAUGACUCUUAUGAUGAGAGUGAUGAAGAAGAAGUAAGAGCUCAUCUGAGGAGAGUGACUGAACAGCCUCCUCUCAAACUGGACCAGUCUAAAGAGAAACUGGACUUCCUGGCUGUAUUUAGCCUGACCACAUUGUCCCAGCGAGACGAGCUGUUGGAAAGAAAGAGGAAGAAGAGGAGAAAGAUGAUGAGGGAGCGCAGCCCGUCUCCGAUACUUGCUCAGAGUAAACGUCAGACUCCGCCCACAUCCACGCCCACCCUGUCCACCCGAUACACACCCGAGGAGAUGGACAGGGCACCUGAACUAGAGAACAAGAAACAUUUCCUCAAUAUGUUCAACCUCAACCAUGUCAGCCAAGAGCAAAGGAUAGAAAAAGAGAAAGUAGUGAAUCUACUAGAUGCCAUCAAAAAGAAAACGGUCACUCUGGACACGCUCCGGUACGCUACGUACACACCCUGCUGCAGCCCUCCCUCUACUGCCUGUGAUCCUACAACACCCUCCACACCCUGCCAGUCAAACGGAGAACCCCAACCAAAUUCCCGUAGCCCCACUCCUCCUGGACCUACCAAGCACCUUCACAGUGUCAGCCAGAUUGACCUUCACAGACCUUCACAGCCCUCUGACCUCUUGCGCCCUAAAGAGCCUCCUCCACUCGCCCCGCUGCAGGACCACUCUCGUUUAGGAGAAGCUCCACCAAUCAAGAGAGCAGCAAGCCUGCAGAACAGCUCCAGACCUCUACACCCACAGCUAAAGGAGCGGCCUCACGGGCUCAACGGCAUGAGUGACCACAGCAGGUCUCGUCCCUGGGAGAGCCUCAGUGCUGAGGAGUUUGCUCAACACUUCCACCAGUCUGUACUGCAGUCUACACAUAAAUCCCAGCACAAACCCAAAGUUGUAACAUUUUACACAAUCUUACCAACAUUACUUCUGGUUCUCGCAGCAGGAGGUGUCCCAGGAGCUCCUGAGCCAAACCACAAGCUCAACAACGUUGUGCGUUACAACCCUCCAGACCACCAGGGGGCGCCAAACAGACCACCUUACUCUCAAACCAACGGCCACUCCUGCCAUCCUGCAGCGCACCACGAGUUAGGGCUGAGCGAUGAGCGAUCUGCUGAGGAAGACUCCACUGAGGAAGAAGAUGAAGAUGAUGAUGAGGAGGAAGAGGAGUAUAGCCCCAAAUGGAAGGGUAUUGAGGCCAUAGUGGAAGCUUAUCACGAGUACAUAGAUGAGAGGGAUAUAGAGAGUGAGGUCCUGCAGAGUGAGUGUAGGAGAAUGGAGGCUCAGCACUAUCACCUGAGCGUUACAGCUGAUCAGCUCUCUGUCACUAUGGGGGAGCUGUUGGCGCAGAGGCAGCGGCUGGCGCUUGACAGGGAACGAAUGCAGGCCGAACUGGAGCACUUCAGGAAGUGUCUGACCUUGCCUGCUCUGCUCUUACACAGAGGUCACUAUAAAGGACCGCCCCCGAGGUGAUCCCUCUCGCCCUGCCCAUACACAAUUAGGGAUCUGGGCGACUAUCACCCAGUUCCUCACCUGAGACUGAGAGCCCAGAGCUGCACUGAAGGCUGAGGGUGAGGAGGAGAACAGGAUGAGGAUGAAGCUGAGCUCACUGCACAGCAGGAGGAUGGACUGCAGCCAUUCCAGUUUGUGCAAUGGUUUACCAACAACAAGAGAGACGGUCAGUCGCAGCGAAACAGUGGGGACGUCCACCCUCGAUUCCAGCUUUAGAUUUCUGUGUGCUAGAAAUGACAAAAAGCAAUUCUUACAACCAAAAAAAAGCAUAAAAAAAAAUCACCUAGCUGCAGUAGAACUGGACUGAAGCAUACGAUGAAGACGCACACGCUCGAGCUCGCAUCCUUCUUCCACGUCACUCAGCCUGCACUUCAACUCUUCUUAACACUGUGGCAUAUGAUGAGUGGAACUUUCCUUACCGCAGCUUCGAAAUUUGCUUUAAAAGUGAACAAAAAUAUUGCAAAAAAAAAAGAUAAUAGUUUUAAUAGUUUUUGUACUGUUCAUAAAUCAAACUAUUUACUUUGGAGUUCAAUAUUAUUCCAAGGCUGGGGAUUUGAACCAGAAGCUGGCUGGUGUGGAGGACCGAAAAUAAAUGAAGAAAAUGUGGAGAGAAGGAAAGAAAAGCAGGCGUGUGAUGUGAAUGCACAACGUCCCGCAGUCAGUACCGCUCAUUCUGGGUCUAGCGCAGAGAUAUUUCUUCCACUGAUGAGUGUAAUCUGAGCUCCUCUCUUCUCCCUCAUGCAGCUAUUCUAGCUCUUCACUCGGAGCCACGAUCUGACAUGUGAAGUGCCACAGUAUUUCCUACUGGUCGUUGCUGUACGUAAGCACUUACUGACAUGCUGCAUGAGCGUAACUGAAGCGUACAGCAGCGUACUAACUGCAGUGAAAUGUUUACACACUGUGUGUUCUCACCACAGAGAAGCAUUCCUGUUCCCAUCAUGCACUAGGCACAAAAAUAAAAGGUAACUAGGCGCCAGUGAUAUGAACUGAUGUAAUUCUUUAUAACAAAAGUCUGUAAUAUACAAGACACCAGUUUCUAAAUCCUGUUCAAACUAGGCAGAAAGCAGAGCUACAUAUUAUUAAGAGGAUGAUGUAAAGAUUCCCUGAUAUUUUAAUGCUGUGAAAAGUUUUAAUUGUACCUUUUUUUAUCUGGAUGAAGUGUGAGGUAAUAUAUUAUUUGGUGAAUGUAGUAAUAGUUAUUUAUGAGCUCAUUAAAUCUGAAA